AUGCCAAAACGUAAAACUAAAGAUAAGAUUGAAUAUUAUAAAAGCAAAUUACGAAAGUUGGAAAACAAAAGCCAUCGUCGGAUAAGAUGCCUAUCGCCUUCAUCGGAUUCGGAACAAGAAACAAGAGAUACAAAUUCAAUUGGAAUUGGGGAUCCCGUAACUAUGAGCUCGGUUAUUGACGCCGAGCCUGGGACAUCAAUGGAAGCACCAAAUGAAGGGGUUACUGGUCCUGAAGUCUGUAUGAAUUCACCGGGCGAUAACAAUGUGGCGAAUUCUUCAACUGUUCCCGUUUUGGAUCCAAGUAUUUUGGCAGCAUUAGGGGAAAUCACGGACGAAACCCCAGAGUUUGAACGCACCGAACGCGACAAUACGCUGUUCGGUAGCGAUCUCUCAGAAAAAAUAAAAGCCUCUAAGACUAUUGUCAAACAAGGUGAUCUGAUUAAGAAAGCUUUGCCUCCGCCAAAGCCUUCCACUUCCAAUAAUUCUAGAGCGCAACCAAACGCUAACCGGUCCAGCUACCAGGGAAACUGGCAGGGACCUUCUCGUUCCCAGCCGAACAGAGGAGGGGGGCGAGGAGGUCACAAGCGGACCAGCUACCGCAUUCCAACUUCUACCAGCCAGUCGAAGACCAGUCACACUUACAAGCCGUGUCUCAACGCGACGUCAGUGACCCAGGAACUAUCACCAUCCUCUACACAGCCAUCUUAUGCUGGCUGCGGCGAUACUCUCCGAGAAGCCUUCCUUCGGCGUAACAUCCCAGUCCAAGCUAUAGAUCUCAUGUUGGCGUCACUUUCUGAUAAUACCAAAAAACAAUACAGUGUAUCAUAUAAACUCUGGUGGCAGUUUUGUAAAACAAAUAACAUGAAUAUUUUUGACAGUACGGUAGCAAAGAUAAUAUCAUUUUUAACUGAAGAAUUCAAUAAAGGUGUCUCGUACGGUUCACUAAAUUCUCAUAGAUCUGCGCUCUCUUUACUUCUGGGCAAUAAUAUUGGGUCCGAUGAAUGCAUUAAGCGAUUGCUAAAAGGAGCCUACAAACUCAAGCCAAUUAAUUGCCAGAAAGACAAGGAAGCAGAGGAAUUCAUUUGUCCUGAAGGUACUCAAGGCAAUGGCAAUUUUGCUGAUCCGGCCACUUGCCGGCGUUUCUACCAAUGUGUAGACGGUUAUCCUUACUUGAACCGGUGUCCAUCUGGCUUAUACUUUGAUGAUAUCAGCAAGUUUUGUACUUUCAAAGUUGAAGCAAGAUGUGGUCCGAUAGCAACAACGCCAGCUCCUAUAACAGAAGCACCUCUAGACUUGGCCACAAAGUGUGAUACGGCAGAAUGUCAACUGCCAUACUGUUUUUGCUCAAAGGAUGGUACCCUAAUACCAGGCGGUCUGGACCCGGAGGACACGCCCCAAAUGAUAAUGCUCACAUUUGAUGGUGCCGUUAAUUUGAACAACUUUGACUUGUACAAGAAAGUUUUUAAUGGAAAAUUACGUAAUCCCAACGGCUGCCCAAUUCGAGGCACUUUCUUCUUAUCGCACGAGUACAGUAAUUAUGUAAUGGUGCAGUCGCUCGCACACGACGGUCAUGAGAUUGCCACAGGUACGAUAUCUCAGCAACAAGGACUCCAAGACAAGGGUUACGAAGAGUGGGCCGGCGAGAUGAUUGGGAUGCGCGAGAUUUUGAAAAUAUUCGCUAAUGUCUCUCGAUCGGAAGUUGUAGGAGCUCGCGCUCCUUUCCUUAAGCCUGGAAGAAACACACAAUUUAAGGUGUUAGAAGACUUCGGGUACAUUUACGACAGUUCGGUAGGCGUGCCUCCGUUGCCGAUCCCCGUGUGGCCCUACACGCUUGACUACAAGAUCGCGCACGAGUGCAAGUCCGGAACUUGUCCCACUAAAUCUUUCCCAGGUUUGUGGGAGGUACCUUUCAAUGCUCACUAUGUGGAAACAUAUGAAGGAGGACAUUGUCCCUACUUGGAUCAAUGCGUUCUGCAUAAUCAUGAUUCCGACGAGGUGCUGGAAUGGCUUCAAGAAGAUUUUAGUAGAUACUAUGAGCAAAAUCGGGCGCCAUACAUGAUGCCUCUUCAUACGAACUGGUUCCAGAUCAAAGCGCUAGAGCAGGGACUCCAUAAAUUCCUGCGUUGGGCAUCGAAUUUGAAAGACGUCUAUUUCGUAACGAUCACGCAGGCUUUGACUUGGAUGACAGAUCCGAAAUCAGCGAAGACACUAAGCAACUAUGAAGCAUGGCGAUGUGACAAGAAAGAUUUACCACCAGCGCCUUGCAAUCUUCCCAACAAAUGUGCUUUAUCCUUUAAACAUCCGACUACAAAUUUCACCGACACACGCUAUAUGGAAACCUGCAGUGAAUGCCCUAAUCAGUACCCUUGGUUAGGUGACUCCGGUGGAACUGGUAUUCCCGGUAAAGACAACUACAUACCUGACAGCCUGAAGAAG